AUGGACCUUACGCAAGAGAAGGUACCGGUUAGCGUUUGGGAACCGGCGGAGAACAGAAAAACAGCAGCUUCCAGAGAAGGGGGACUUUCAGGACUUUCUAUUAUUUAUAACAAAACCAGAAAAUUUCGAGUCGGAGGCGGGGCGUCGAACCUUUAUGUCGGAGCCUCGGAGGUGAGGCGGGUCUUAGAGGCAAGGCGAGGAGCGGCCGGAGCUUUUGGGUCGGACUUCGGAGGUGAGGCGUCGAGCGGUCGAGGCGCGAAGAAGAGGCUUUGUCGGACUUCGCGAGUGUGUACUGUGUCGAGAGGCUUAAGACGCCGGACCGCCGGAGAUAGCGACUGUGAGAGAGAGGCGACGAGUGAUGGAGUGAGUAGGGAUGGUGCGGUUGUGGCUGUGCGAGAGCGAGAUGCAAAGGGACAGAAAUUUCUCUUUUCUCAAACCUAA